GGUAACAUCUUAUUGUCACAUACAUACACGUUCAUGUUCAUGUCUUAAUCGUUAUAACAUCUCUGGUUUGGAGAACAGAGAAGCUCCGCUUCAAUUCGGGAAUUAGGGUUCUUCCCUCUACAUAUAUUGUGUACUGAUAGUCAUGGAGAAGUAUGAGUUGGGAAUUUCGGUGUGGCGAAGCUGGUUCGAGGCAAACUGUCCAAGGAGCUUCUCUUCUCGCUGUGAAGUUCAUCUGUACUUUCACAUUCCAUCCCUUUUUCACAUCCCAUCGGGAUUUAAAACUGGAGAGCACGCUUCUAGAUGAAAGCGCGGGCCCACGGAUACUCAAAGGUGACGACAUUAUUAUAAAUAUCACUCAUUUUUAGUAUAUGGAUUUUUUUUUUAAUCAAGGUUUAUCAUGAAUUAUGUUUUAAAAAUAGUCGGCUGUCCUUCAUUCGCAACCGAAAUCAACGGUAGUCUAUGUCGCUCCUGAAGUUCUUUCCAAGGAAGAAUACGACGGCAAAGUCAGAUUCAUAUCCUUCAUCUAUGGAGAUCCUCCAGUCCAUUUCCGCCCAAAGAAGAUAUUGAAUUUUGAUUCUUGAUGAAACUGCAGGUAGCAGAUGUUUGGUCUUGCGGCGUGACUCUAUAUGUAAGCUCGUUGGAGCUUAUCCACUUGAAGAUCCGAGCGAUCCGAGGAAUUUUCGCAAGACGAUCAGGUUUCCAAGGAAAGCAAGCAUCUUCCCUCCCGCUUUUUCAUCACAACCCGGAGAAGAGAAUCACGAUGCAAGAGAUAAAGAACCAUCCGUGGUUCCUGAAGAACUUGCCGGCGGAGAUGUCGGAAGAAGGGAGUUGGGAGAGGGAGAGCAACGGCGUGAAUGAACCGUCUCAUACCAUCGAAGAGAUAUCGUGGAUUCUGCAAGAAGCACGAAAUUCCGGAGGAGAGAUCUCCGGCAUCAGCGGAAGCAGCAGUAUGGAUCUCGACGACAUCGACACCAUGUAAUAACACUCUCUCAAAAGACU